AUGGAGUCUCUCCCAAAGGGCUUGGUGUCGACGACGAAAAAAGUGCCGUCGGAGCUGGAUGACAGGAAUAUCGUGGAUACAAGCGAUGUUAGGCGACUGUGGAAAGAUGUUUCAGUAUACAACACUCAUCCUUCGGUCCAUGAAGGCGACAUUGGAUACAGACUGGAGAACUUCUUCUGGAGGAUUUGGAGUAGCGACCGGCUUUGCGGCUCGCUUGACGGGUCCAUGCUGGCCAAACUGUUUCAACAAAUAUCCGAGUCUAAUCCUAUAUCAAUCUCUGCACUCCAGCAGUUAAAAAAAGAAAAAGGAAGCGACGAUAAACCACAAGAAUCGCCGGGUAAUAGAGCCAUAAGAGCGCCUUUACAGCCCAUCUUGAAAAAAUCAAGUGCGCCCUCAGGGGAGACACACAAGACAACUCGGUUGCUCCUUACCGGUCUAGAAGGCCAGAGCAUUACGCGCAAACCAUCCAACCCCCCAACCCCCGUUCCACAAUCUCAACCUAUGAUGGAAGAUACCAACCGACUGAUUUCAAAGCCCAAGGCCGUUUUUGUAAAAGGGAAGAACACCAAGCGUCGGCCGGUGAUCAUGCGACGCAAAUCAUCACAAACGUCUUCCGGUGCAAGUACCCGUACCCAAAGCCCACACCGGACUGCAAAACUACUAACCCCGGGAGCUCGGACAGCACCAUCCAAGCAAGAAGAUUCUAAUGAUUCUGAAGCUGAGACAGUGCACAUAGAGCAUGUCGUACCUCAUGAGAAAAGUGGUGAUACGGCAGACAAGCCACCCGAGCUGCCACCUGAGUUUCUACUCAACCUAAAAGAAAUCCUCGCCAAUAAAGAACCAGCCCCACAGAAUACCAAAUCGACUCCCCCUAAAUGGGGCUUUGUUACCACGGACGAUUGGACCCACUACGAUGUAAGAUAUCUAUCUGCGGCAAACUAUGAACAACCGUCAUCGGAAUCGCUGGUUGAUAAGGGCUUUCGUUCCCGCUUCACGGAGCAAGUUGGCUUGGAGAAAGAGUACUUGGCCAAGUCCGUGGGAGCAAGCUCGAAAGACGGACUACUGCAGUUUCUUCAGUCUAGAUCUUUCGAAAUCAAAAGCAGUGAUGCAUCUCAUGCCCAGCCGGACUCGCCUCCUUGGUCGCGCGACAUUUGGAGGCUUCCCAACGCUAUUAACACCAUUCUCAUUGACGCGCGGACGCAGUCAGCUUAG